UCGGACUGUGACUGAGGAGAUAAACCAUGCAGGAGACAUUGGAUCAGUUAGAUAGCGUCUUUAUUGCCAGGCUUGUGGAUAUGAGUGUUAAAACACACUUCAGUAAACUGUAAGGAAAUCUGAUGUAAUAGGGAUGAAUCGUCAACUCAUCUGCAAACUUUUUGUUUUCUUCUAGCUUCAGAUGUUGUGUUGCAUCAGUUGAAAAGGGCAGUUACGGUAUGUGAAGACAUGGAGGAUACAAGCCCCUUAAAGCUUAGAUCAAAGAAAAAAAGACUGUCCACAAACUUUGAAAAAUGUGGUGUUUGUCAAGAAAAUCAAAAGAAUGCAAAACUGUCACAAGUCACCAGUGCUGGCCAGAACUCUGUGAUGCUGGCAGCAGAAGCCAGGAGAGAUGAAUUGUAUUGGCGGCUACUGGGUGAGUUUUCCAGUUUAGACGCUGUGCCACCAAUACUCUAUCACAGGGGUUGCUUUCAGAAAUACACAAGCAAGUCGAAUUUGGCACGUGUCAGAGUUAUGUUGAACCCAGGGAGGAAAACCGACUCUGAAUCUGAUCAGAGAGCAUCAUGCUCAUCCGAGUCUAUAGCCACCGGUUUAAGCACAUCCUCCAGCGAUUGGUCCUGUUGCAUUGUUUGCCUGAGAAAAACACGUAAGAAAGACAAGAAACUUCAUAGAAUAGAAACAUUUGAAAGAGUAGCCAAUCUGAGGGAGGCAGCCCUUCAAAGGGGAGAUGCUGACAUGUUGCGCAGAGCAUCGGUGGAAGACUUGAUUGCUAAGGAGGCCGUUUAUCACGCAACAUGCAUUUCUUCCUACUUGAGUAAAACCAAUCUUAAAGCAAAACAAUCAACAAUACAGUCACCUUAUGACAUUGCAUUUUAUCGGCUGAUUGAAGAGAUAGACAAUGAUCUUAUGGACAACAAGAAAGCUCUUCUCCUAUCCAAACUGCUUCAAAGAUACAAAGCCCUACUUCCCUCAGAGAUAGAAACCGCAAGCUAUUCCAGUAGCAAAUUACAGGCAAGAUUAGUAAAACACUAUGGGUCUGCAAUUUCAUUCCAUGCACAGCACGGACAAGGCAAGUCUACCAUUAUUCUGUGCAGCGCGAUAACAUUAGCUGACGCUAUCCAAGCUUCUAGUAACCCGAAGCAGGCCCUUAAAUCAUCCAAGUGUUUUUUGGAUGGGCUUCCGGCGAGUGAACCUGGUGAUCAGCUUUCAAAUGCACAAGUGGUUUUGUAUAACGCUGCUUCAAUCCUUCGGUCUGAAAUAGCCAAAAUGAAAGCCUUGGAAUAUUACCCAAAGACAGGUAAUUGUAAUUUACAGAGACCUGCUACUUUUGUGCCCCAGUUGGUGCAGGAAUUUGUCCUUCGGCUGAUAGAUAAAGAGGCACAUAAUUCAGUCAGCAGUGAGUAUCAGCCUUCAGAAGACAUUCAGAGAAGGUGCCGCUCAAUCGCUGAGUGCAUAGUAUUCAACAGUAACCCAUGCACACGCCACAGAGAUCAUAAUGGGAACAAGAUAGUGAUGUUGACUAGAAAUGUCACCAGCACUAUUAAAUGUCAAUGAGACCUGUACAAAUUUAUUAUUAGAGUUUAUUUCACCCUUUAAAUUGUUGUUGAGAUGCUUUAAGGUCACAAAUCCAAUGUUGUGUCUUGAAAUAAUGCAUAGAGUCAUUAAACUAACAGAAACAUGCAAAUAUUUCAA